AUGGUGACCCAGGCACGGGAUGCACAGUGGGGACAGAGCCCGCAACUGCUCCCAGUGCCUUCGCCACGGGCUUCCAUUGCCCUGAAAUGCCGUGCCGGGCGCUGCCCUUCCGUGCCGUGCCGUGCGGAGCCCGGCCAGCGCCGGGAGCCGCCCCGCCCGCGCUGUGCCCGCGGCCCCGGCUCUGCCGCGCUCGUCCCCGCCAAGUCCGGCCCGCGCCGGGGCCGCGCUGGGCGCGAGCGCAGCGCCCCCCUCCGGCCGCGCGCCGCCGGCGCAGCCGCGGCCGUUGCGCCGCGGGCGUUGCGGCCACAGGCGGCGAUCGGAGCCAUGGCGGAGCUGCCGCUGCCCGCCGGGCUCAGCGCCAGCGCCUUCCCCGCCAAGCUGUGGCGCCUGGUGAACAGCCCCCGCGUCCGCUCCGUGCGCUGGGACAGCCGCGCCCAGGGGCUGCUCGUCGACCUCUCGCUCUUCGAGCGGGAGCUGCUCAGCCCGGGCGACGCCCACGGGGGCGGCCAGGGGGUGGGGCCGACGCCGGACUCCUUCCAAGCCACGCACUUCGGUAGUUUCGUGCGGCAGCUCAACCUCUACGGCUUCCACAAGGUGCCGAGCCGGGUUGGCUCAUCUGAGCCCGGCGAUGCCGGGGGCUGGCUCCACUUCAGGAACCCCAACUUUCGCCGUGACCGCCCCGACCUCCUGCUCCAUAUCAAGCGCCUGACCAGGGCCAACAGGCAGCGGCUGGCAGCGGGGCUGGAGGUGCGCAGCCGCCAGCCCAGCCGCUUCCAGCAGCUCCGCACGGAGCGGCCGCUGGCGUCCUUCCCCGCCGGGCAGCCGCCCAGAGCCGUGCUCUCAUACCAGGACCUCACUGCUGCCUCACCUGAGGGUUUACAGCUGCCUCCAGGCCCUUCCAGGCUAAGCGCAGGUGCUCAGGAGUCUGACUUUUUCCUGACAUCUCCCAAGAAAGUCUUUGCCUCAUCUGGAUUUCUUGGGGUUUCAUCAGAGGAACCAGGCACCAGCAAAUUUCAUCUCAAGCGUGAGCUCAUCAUUCCGCUGGUUCCCAUAGACUGCAGAUGCCGCCCUGAGCUCACCGUUUCUCUGCGUCCCAUAGACCAUCACAGCCCUUCCAUGGCCUCUCCAGAGGGAAGCAGCUGCACAUCUUCAGAGCAGUAUUUGCCAGCCUGCAGUUCAUCAGGUAGGGAAAGAGUUUCUACCCUUGCUUUCCAAGCAGGUCCUGGUUAGUGACCCUUUAAAGAGUUUUCCUGCAGUGCUCUAUCAUGGGUAGAUCUCAAGCGAGAAUCGGGUAGAAAGUGUCAAGUCGCCUAGGAAGAGGGAUCUUGAAAACAGAAGGAUUUUCUGCCAGCUUUUCCUGUCCUUGCUGCAGAUUUGGAGGGUGUUCUGGGCAUUUUCCAGACAGCCCUUCUGUAGGGGUACAAGGGCAAGGCAAAAGAUAUUGCCUAACAAGUCAUCAGUGUUAGGUGCACUCCCCUCUUUCUUUGAAUGAAGCCAGACUAGGAUGGUGAGGGGAUAUUGCAGAGGUUUAAGACUGUCUGCCCUGAAAAUCAAGCCAAACCACCGAAAUGAGCUCUGCCUGCCCCAGAAGAGUUGGAGCUGCAGAAUACAGCCUCACCCACAAGGCUGGUUUUAGAAAAAACUCACAGUUUAAUUUCAGCAUGUGUGUCUGAAGAUCUGGGCUCUUCCUGGGUGAAUCCACUUUCUGUGGUCUUUUGUGAUGAGAAACCAAAUGUAGCCAAAUCCCAAAGCUGCUGGGAAGAUGCAAAAGGCUGUGAUUAUAAAAUGUGUGUGUGUGUGUCUAUAUCCCUUUGACAAUCCAUGCUUUAAUCUGUGUACAUGUGAAUUAGGAUAAAUAUUUUUUAAGAGGAGAACUCACUCCCCCAAUCCCCUGGCAAGUCUGAAUACAUUUCUGGAACUGAGGUUGCUCUGUGCUUCCUGUGAUGUUUGAUCCAAGGCAGCACUAGAGCUCUGUGUCCCAAAGCCACAUUGUGGAGCCUGACCAAUGUGUUUGGAUUCUUGCAGCCACCCCAGGCACUUCAGGCCCCAGCGCUCCAGCUGGCAGUGCUGGUUUUGCACCAUGGACAGCCCCCAGCUGGCUGUGGAAUACUCCUGGGCAAGAGGAAUUGCCACCACCAGAUCUGGACAUGGUGCUUGAGACGCUGGAGGAGAUGUUUUCUCCCUCUGCUCAGGGGAAUAUUAAUGUUGCCCCAGAGUCUUCAGGAGGGCAGCCUGUGGACAGAGCUGAAGCAGAAGGAGCUUUGCCUGGCACCAGGAGGUGCGGGAACAAUUCCCAGGAGCCCGAAGAGCUUGAUUUCCACCUAAUCUACCUUGCCAGGAGGGCUGCCCUGCGUGAGAAAAAGGAUCGGAGGGAGAGCCUGUGACCAUCGGGCAGGUGGAAUCCCUCCAUUUAUACAUAGAUUUAUAGAUUUCCAUAGUUCUAUUUAUAUAUCUAUGUAGUUACAUUUAUUGAUUUAUACAAUCCUAUUUAUAUAUCCACAUAGUUAUAUUUGUAGGUUUAUAGAGGACAUAUAUAUAUAUAUAUAUAUAUACAUCUAUACAGUUAAAUCUAUAUAUAGUUUUUGAUGUGAUAGAAUUAUAUUUAUGUGCAUGUAGUUACAUUUAUAGAUUUUAAAAUUGACAUUUAUAUACAUAGAGAGUAAUAAUAUAUUUUUAAUAUUUUUAUAUUUAUAAAUCUGCAUCUAUAUGUAGUUAGAGUUAUAUGGAUUUUUAGAUGGAUAGAUUGAUGUUAGUGUAGGUCUAGGCAGUAUUUUUACCUCUUUCCCCCUCGGCUGCCUUUUUCACCUCUGGCUUUUCCCCCUGUGCCCCCUGUGUCCCCUCUCCCUGGGCUGGGUCCGAGCUGGCGGCCGGGCCGGGCGCAGCAGCAGUUCCAGCCCCGGAUGUCCCUGGAGCGCUGGGAGCUGCCGGUGGCCCCAGGCACUGUCCCCUGAGGAGCUGCUGAAGG